AUUUAACCGUAUUAGUGUAGUUGAAUUUGGGAGCCUUAUUAUGCGCUUUCCUAAUCUGGUUGUAAUGUAGGGAAAGGGAGAGCCAUCUUUUAUCAUCCAGAAGACACUUAUCAAAGGUGUGUCAUGUCCGUAGAAGAUCAAUAAGUUUAUGACAAAGUAAAAAAACGGUUGCACGACGAAUUCAUGGAAAUUUGUAGAAAGUUGUACCAAGCUACUCGACAAAGAAGGCAGCUUAUUCUUCAAGAUAAGAGACGUAGGAGGCGAUCUGUGGUUAAAGGUUCUACGGGUGUUGAAAUGGAGUUUGCAACGCUUUUGGGCAAACGCAGUAGACUAAUGUGCCGCAUUCACUUGCAUAGAAAACGUUUGGGACGAACCUACAUUCAGCUUCAAAGAAAGCUAUGUAUGUUGUAUUUAGGAGGGGAGCUUUUUAUAAUUGAUGUGAUGGUAUUGUAUAUAUCUAUCUAUACUCCAAAUUUUGUCCAGUUGUAUCUAUUGGUUAGGGUACUCUGUAUUUGCAUGAGUUUGUUGAUAGUUGUAUUGUAAUUUUGUAUAUAU